AAAAAAUUCGGGGGAUUGGGCUUCAAGGAUUUACGGGCUUUCAAUUUAGCUCUGUUGGGUAAGCAAGGGUGGCGCUUUCUGACGGAGCCACAGUCGUUGGUUGCUAGGAUCUACAAAGCAAGUGGGGUGCGUCGUAGGAUUGGUAAUGGGGCUAACACGUUGGUGUGGGGUGUCCCCUGGCUCUCCGAUGCUUAUGACCCGAUGGUUCAUACCACUAUGCACCCUCAACUCCAAGAAAGUUUGGUCUAUGCUGGAUGUUGCUCAAUUGGAGGUGGUUGCAGCUGUUCUCUCUGGAAUUUGGCAGGCCAGGAACUCAGUGGUUUGGGAGUUGAAACUACCCUUGCCUCGUCAAACUUGGAAUAUGGCAGCGCAUAAUCUGGAAGCAUGGCGUCAUCUGGUGCACUUCUAUGCUCCUCCUCCCGAACCCGAUCUGAGGCAACACCUCCACGCUGUACCACAGGGGUCUGAUUUUGUGAGUUUACCUGUUGGUUUGAUGCAGGCUUUGAGGAGCGGACAUGCAGGGCAACGUUCGGGGCAGUGCUUUUGUCUCAUGAGGGCAGUUUCGUUUGUUAUUUCCCCGCUCUUCAAACUCUCUAGCCUAGCUUUUGGCUACCAUGGCCUAUUCUAGGGGUGGACACGGACCUCGAAACAAGACGAGACCCCCAAAUUCUUUUAAUUCCUUCUUUAAUAUUCGUCAAAACUCCGCCCAUAGCUUCUAGUCCCUGUUGAACACAUAAAUUUAAAACAUGACA